AUGAAUUGGCUAAUUUUCAAAGCUGCAGCCCUCUUAGCGCUAAGCCCCUUAAAGUCGAUGCUUUAAAGCACCGCUCAUAUCUCCGGCUCGCUACAAAGAUAGCAGCUGCCACGCGACCUCAUCAUGGCUCAGCAGCGGAGUAACAUCUCACCCUUCCUUCUCAAGCCUUUGCUCCGUGGAGGGAUCCCCAGCCGCCAGCGCAGACACACACUGCCUGCCAGCGAGUUCCGCAACCUGACUCCGCAGGACGCGAUCAGCGUUUUCGAGAUCGAGAGAGAAGCAUUCGUGUCCGUGUCUGGGUUGUGUCCCCUGACACUCGAUGAGGUCCUGCACUUUCUGAGCUUGUGUCCGGAGCUGUCCCUGGGAUGGUUCGAGGAGGGUCAGCUGGUGGCAUUCAUCAUCGGCUCUGGAUGGGACAAAGAGCGCCUCUCACAGGACGCCCUGACCACUCACGUCGCAGGUACGCCCACCGUCCACAUCCACGUCCUCUCUGUGCACCGUCACUGCCGACAGCAAGGCAAAGGUUCCAUCCUGCUGUGGCGAUACCUGCAAUACCUGCGCUGCUUGCCGUGGCUGCGACGUGCCCUGCUGAUCUGUGAGGAGUUCCUGGUGCCCUUCUACCACAAAGCUGGCUUCAAGGAGAAGGGUCCUUCGCUCAUCUCCGUGGGACAUCUCCGCUUCACCGAAAUGGAGUACAGUCUGGGCGGACGAGCCUUCGAGCGCCGUAACAGCGGCUGCUAGGGAACUGGACACCCGGGAAGUCACUGCCCCACCGCCUCAGUCUCCCCGUUCCCGAUGGCUCAUGAGAGACACUUCUGACAGACCACCAGGAGUCCCUGGACCAGGCCGGAGAUGGUGGGGGCUGUGACAGCUUCACUGGCAGCCACCAGAACUGGUGAGGGGUGACGCUAAAAUGUCACCUGCCUUUAAUGUUGGGAAUGGCAAAAGGAGAUUUGGAAGAGCCCGGCCAGAUUAAGGGGGGACCCUGGAUGCUGGGACAUUUUGUUUGCCUGGAACUGUACAAACGAGGGGCCCG